AUGUCCAACCUGACGAAAACAAAAGCUAAAGAAAGUCAACCAAAGUCAUCUUUUGUCAAGAAUUCGUGGAGUUUGAGAGGAAUUUUGAAUUUGAAUGAUUCACCUGGGGACACAUCGUUAACUACAAAAGAAAAGAAGCUGUUGCCUCCAAAUGUAUUGGAUCUGUCGGAAAAUACUCUGGCAAAUCCAGUGUAUACGGCUAAUUCUCCAGACUCAAAAAAUGUGAACAAGUGCUUCUGCUGUGGAACUAUUUUGACUUUUCCAAACAAAGCUAAAAAAUACAAAUGCUCAAUUUGUCAUACUACAAACAUAAUUGAAUUAGCCCAAUUAAAACAUGAUUCUUCACAAAAUACCUUUGUUUCCUUGAAUGAGGUCAACAGAUUGGUGGAGAAUUGUUUCACAGACACAACUUUGGAGCUGAACCAGAGCAAAACUUUGCAUGACAUUUUCUCUCCAUUGUCUAGCUAUCUAUACAAUGCAUUUAGAUCACAAAAUAUAUUAAACAACUCAUUCAAAUUUCGGCAUUCUAGCCGAAAACUACAUCAUCAUUCCUCAAAUAUAAACUAUAUGGAAAUUUAUGAGGUUUUCAAUUUGUUGACAAAACUCCCGACAAAGAGACCUUUAUUUUCAGCUUUGAAAGGUGCCAGUGAAAACUUGAAAAGAAUUCAUAUUUUAUGCGAUGAAGUUGCUCAUUACAAUUGGAUUUUCAUUUUACUUCACAUUCCAUUUUUAUCAAGUUCAUUAGUGGGUGGUACUUCUCAUGAUUCCAAAAAAAAUCUUAUGAAGGACGAACCAGAAAUUAAAGUAUUGUGUUACGAUAUAUUAAAGAGAUGUUUGGGUAUUAUAUCGUGUAUUGCGAACGAUUUAGUGUUGAACUAUUGGUCAAGCUGGAUGUCUAAUUAUGAUCUGUUCCAUUUCAUGCAAAGACUUGAUGUCAUAAAUUUGUACAUUACGUUUCAAUUGAAAAAAUAUUUUUAUUUAGCCAACAACCCACAUAUCAAAUUAUCGAAUUCUCCUUCCUCAACAUCUCCAGGAAAUUUGGAAAUCGAUUUAAACUGUGAAGAUCAGGAAUAUUUCCAAAAUGUGAACUUGAAAGAGCACAUAUCAUCAUCUUCUCUGUUUUCACUUGCAGAACCACUCACAUUUCCCAGAAAUCAAAUAUCGACUGAUCCAUUUCCAUUGAAACUGAAGAAAAGUACAAAUCAAGCCACUAAGAUCAAAAUACAUCAAUAUGGUAAUGAUUGGAGAAUUCAAUCUGCGUUAAAAGUCCUAACAUUGUUUGUGAGGGCGAACAAGUUGAGAGGGAGAAAACAGUUACCAGCUUCAGCAUUUUAUAACUCAUUAGUUGAUUAUGUGAAUAUUAGAUUGGAUUUUGAUAGUUGGCAAAGCAAUAAAUCAGUUCAAAAUUAUAAUAGUUCAAGUCAAGCGGAAUUAAAAUCGAUCAUUGGUUACAUUCAUGGAACUAGCAAAAAUAAAAGUUUAUUCAAUGAUGCGUUAUUUUAUAUCUGUCAAUAUCCCUUUUUGAUCUCGUUGGGCAGUAAGAUAUCGGUUUUGGAAUACGAAGCAAAGAGACAAAUGGAACGUAAAGCUGAAGAAGCUUUUAUUAAUUCGCUAGAUAAAAGAGUUGUUAUAGACGUAUAUUUUAGAAUUAAAAUAAGAAGAGAUCAUAUUGUUCAAGAUUCCUUGCAAGCUAUAAGACUGAAUAUGGAGAAUUUGAAGAAAAGUUUGAGAGUUCAAUUUGUGAACGAACCAGGAGUUGAUGCUGGUGGAUUGAGGAAAGAAUGGUUUAUAUUGUUAGUGAAGGAAAUUUUCAAUCCUCAAACUGGUAUGUUUCACAAUGUUGAUGAUUCCAAUAUGCUUUGGUUCAACGCUAUAUCUAUUGACAACCAUGAAAUGUAUCAUUUAUUUGGUGCUGUUUUAGGUUUGGCGAUUUAUAAUUCCACAAUAUUAGAAUUACAAUUCCCCAUUGCAUUAUAUAAAAUUUUAUUGGGGAAAUCUUUAAGUAAAGCUGAUUAUGGUCACUUGUAUCCUCAAACUUAUGAUAAUUUGUUAAAAUUGAAAAAACUAUCAGACGAAGAAAUUCAAGAUCUAAAUAUGACAUUUGAAAUUACAUUCACAGACAUAUUUGGGACGUAUUAUACGAAGGAAUUGAUCCCUAAUGGAAGUAAGACUUUAUUGACUAAGUGCAAUUUGGAUGAAUAUUUAGACAAGUAUAUGAUGUUUUGUAUUAGAGAUGGAAUAAAAUCACAAGUUGAUUCGUUCACAAAAGGAUUUAAUAACGUGGUUGGUGGUAAUGCAUUAUCAUUAUUCCUGCCUGAGGAAAUCCAGCUACUUUUAUGUGGAAGUAAUGACCAUACAAUCGAUGUUGAAACUUUGAAAUCGAUCACCAAGUAUAUUGGUUGGAAUUCCAGAUCUGAUGCAUCCAAUUCAAAAAUAAUCAGUUGGUUUUGGGAAUAUAUGGCAGAGGCUGAUAAUGUGAAACGAAAAAAAAUUUUGACUUUUGUUACUGGUUCUGAUAGAGUUCCUGCAACUGGCUUACAAAAUUUGCCAUUUAGAAUAAGUUUAUUGGGAAAUGGUAAUGAUAGCAAUAGAUUGCCUUUAGCUCAUACUUGUUUCAAUGAAUUGGCUUUGUAUAAUUAUGUCAACAAACAAAAAUUAGAAACUAAAAUGAAUUUAGCAGUUGAAGAAAGCUCUGGGUUUGGGAUCAAGUAG